UGUUUUAUGAAACCAAAUCACCGCUACUCUUGUCUAGUACAGCAAACCUGCAUGCGAAAAGUAAACAUGGGGUUUACACUUGAGCUUUGAAAUUGCGGGGGCAGGAAUCCAACCAAGAAGACAAGUGCGAGCCGCAUUCAGGAGUCACCAAGCGUCGAGUUCUCCGGGAUGAGUUGCACGCACACAUGCGCACCGGACAGCCACGGCAGGCUGGCCUCGCUAAUAACCUCGCCGCUCCAAUCACACACUUUAUCUACCCCAUUUCCCCUGGUGAUACCCGAGAUAACGAGCAGGGUCAUAUCGGGUGCGGCUCUCACGGUCUUGAGUCCAUCCGGGAUCGCGUCGGGUCUUCUCCUGUGUCCUUCAUGUUUGACGUCCUGGCCAGACCAGGCCGUGUCCCAAUUGAUUCCCCAGUAAUAGCCGGCAGAGCAGACUCCUUUUUUGGGGUUGGCGUCGUUUUGACCGAAGCCAAGGACAAGCUUUUAGGCUUCCUGAAUGUGCAGACGAGUGUACACCAUGAUUGGCAACAGAGACCUCGAGCAGGCGGGCCGAGGUUGGGGUGUCGUCGUGGAGGACGUGCAGCACGAUUGUGCCAUGGGUCGCGAGCGAGCGGCAAGAGCAGUGGCUAUUCUAUCACAGAAACUACGGGCAAGGGAGUUGAUGACGACGAGCCUCCCUCCCGAAGAGGGCAGCUCCGAUUCUAG